AUGGCGUCUGGGGUUGAAUUUGGUGAAGAUAGUAGUGACAGUAAAGGCGGUAUGUGGGUUUUGGAGCAGAAGCUUGAUCAGCCUAUGGAUGAAGAAGCUGGAAGACUUAAAAAUAUGUAUAGAGAAAAGAAAUUUUCGGCGAUUCUGCUCUUGAGGCUUGCAUUCCAGAGUUUGGGAGUGGUAUAUGGAGACUUGGGAACAUCUCCUUUGUAUGUGUUCUACAAUACUUUUCCUCAUAAUAUAGAUGAGCCAGAGGAUGUGAUUGGUGCCCUUUCUUUGAUUAUAUACUCACUCACGCUAAUACCCCUCCUCAAGUAUGUUUUCAUCGUCUGUAGAGCAAACGACAAUGGCCAAGGAGGAACUUUUGCUCUUUAUUCUUUACUUUGCCGCCACGCGAAAGUGAAAACAAUCCCGAAUCAACACCGGACAGAUGAGGAGCUCACAACUUAUAGCCGUAGCACAUUCCAUGAGCAUUCUUUUGCUGCUAAAACCAAGAGGUGGCUUGAGGCACACGCAAUCAGAAGAACUUCUCUUCUUAUACUCGUACUUGUGGGGACCUGCAUGGUGAUUGGUGAUGGGAUUCUCACACCAGCUAUUUCUGUUCUUUCUGCUUCUGGCGGGAUCAAGGUGGACCACCCAAAGAUGAGCAAUGAUGUGGUUGUACUUGUUGCAGUUUUCAUAUUAGUUGGUUUGUUUAGCAUGCAACACUAUGGAACGGAUAAAGUUGGUUGGUUAUUUGCUCCCAUUGUACUGCUUUGGUUUCUAAUGAUUGGUGGCAUCGGCAUUUUCAACCUUUAUACAUAUGAUACCUCAGUUCUCAGAGCCUUUUCGCCUGUGUACAUAUAUCGCUACCUUAAAAGAGGCACGAAAAAACGCUGGACGUCCCUUGGAGGAAUCAUGCUUAGUAUCACAGGGACUGAAGCACUUUUUGCUGAUCUUGCUCAUUUCCCAGUUUCUGCUAUACAGCUUGCUUUUACGGUAGUUGUGUUUCCUUGUCUUCUUCUAGCCUAUUCUGGUCAAGCAGCGUACCUUAUGGAAAAUCAAGAGCAUGUAAUCGAUGCAUUUUAUCGAUCGAUUCCGGAUGCUAUAUACUGGCCUGUUUUCAUCAUUGCAACUUUGGCUGCUAUCGUCGCUAGCCAGGCCACUAUUUCCGCCACUUUUUCAAUAAUCAAGCAAGCCCUUGCUCUUGGCUGUUUCCCAAGGGUCAAGGUUGUGCACACGUCAAAGAAGUUUCUCGGGCAGAUUUAUAUCCCCGACAUCAACUGGAUCCUCAUGAUCCUUUGCAUUGCUGUAACUGCUGGUUUUAGAAAUCAAAGCCAAAUCGGCAAUGCAUACGGCACAGCUGUCGUGAUCGUGAUGCUCGUGACGACCCUUCUAAUGACUUUGAUAAUGCUGCUCGUGUGGCACUGCCACUGGCUUCUAGUCCUUCUCUUCACCUUCUUCUCCCUUUUGGUCGAGUGCACUUACUUCUCGGCCGUGCUUUUUAAGGUUGACCAAGGCGGGUGGGUCCCGCUUGUGAUAGCAGCCGCUUUCCUAAUCAUCAUGUACGUGUGGCACUAUGGCACGGUCAAGCGGUACGAGCUCGAGAUGCACAGCAAAGUUUCCAUGGCCUGGAUUCUCGGGCUGGGCCCAAGUUUGGGCCUUGUCCGAGUCCCCGGAAUCGGGCUCGUCUACACUGAGCUCGCGAGUGGGGUCCCACACAUCUUCUCCCACUUCAUCACCAAUCUACCUGCUAUCCACUCGGUUGUAGUCUUCGUCUGUGUUAAGUACCUCCCAGUGUACACAGUCCCCGAGGAGGAGCGUUACCUUGUUAAACGCAUAGGCCCGAAAAACUUCCACAUGUUCCGUUGCGUGGCUCGAUAUGGGUACAAGGAUCUUCACAAGAAAGACGACGAUUUCGAAAAGAAAUUGUUCGACAAUCUUUUCACGUUCGUCCGGCUCGAGUCCAUGAUGGAAGGGUGCUCGGAUUCGGACGAAUAUAGUAUAUACGGAAGCCACCAAACCCACCAGUCGAGGGAUUUCUUGUUGAAUGAGGGGAAUAAUAAUGGGCCCACGUCAAAUUACGACGAUGACCUCACGAUCGCGUCAGUCGACUCGAUUGUGCCGGCGGCUGGGAACACGAUGAUGUCAUCAUCUGCACAUACUGAGGUCGACGAGCUCGAUUUCUUGAGCGAGUGUAGGAAUUCCGGGGUGGUUCAUAUCAUGGGGAAUACGGUGGUGCGGGCCCGGAGGGACUCGGGGAUUUGUAAGAAAGUUGCGGUUGAUUAUGUGUACGCAUUUCUUCGGAAGAUUUGCAGGGAGAAUAGCGCUAUAUUCAAUGUGCCUCAUGAGAGCCUCUUGAAUGUUGGGCAGAUUUUCUUUGUAUAA